CCUGCCUAGCUCCCUGCACCGCCCUCUCCCCCCUCUGCGACAUCCUGCCUUCUUGCUCAGCAGCACAGCUGUAAGAAGAUCCGUCUCCGUUAGUGGAAAUAAAUCCGUCUGAGCUGCAUACCUUGAAAAUGUCUCAGUUGGCAGAGUUUGAGAAGAUUGCUGAGGAUGUGAAAAAUGUCAACUCAAGGCCCACAGAUCAGGAGCUGCUGGACCUGUAUGGUCUUUAUAAACAGGCAACUGUUGGGGACGUCAACACUGAUAGACCAGGCAUGCUGGAUUUGAAAGGGAAGGCCAAAUGGGAUGCAUGGAACUCAAGAAAAGUUUUGUGCUGUGGUCUUCUUGAUCCGUCUUGUUUGCAGGAAUGUCGAAGGAGGAUGCCAUGACAGCCUACAUUGGACUUGCCAAGGAAAUAAUCUGCAAAUAUGGAAAGUAGAGCAAUACAUAAACGACUGGCCUAACUAAUGUUAAAUUGUUAUGUUAAUGCUGUUUUAGUUGUAUUGUUCUAACAUUAAUUUUAAUUAUUUUAAUUUUAUCUUGAAGCCUAACUUAUGUCAACUAAUGUGAUUAAACAUUUUCUAAAAAAAAAAAAGAUGUUUUAUGUGCCUGUGACCUCAAAAAUUCUAAUGCUGUGAAUUUGAUUUGUUUCAGUUUUUUUUUUCUGAUUCUGAAAUAAAUAAGGUGAUAAUCACUUGUCUUUGGGGGUUGUCAUUUCCAUGUGUGGCUGUCCAAAUGUUGGGAUUUUAAUUGGGUGAAAAAUAUGAUUUGAACAUUCAGUACCAUAAAGGAGUACUAUUUAGUGCUUUGUGGAGAUUCGCCACUUUAUCCAUUUUUGCCUGUGUAUUUAUUCACACAUUUCAUGUGUCGUUUAUUGCAUCUUAUUCUCCUUUUAUUUUAUUUUUUAAGCAGUUUACACCCAUUGUCGUGGGAUAGAGCUAAACCCAAUUUUGAAGCUGUUACGUGUGACAUAAU